AUGGGAGACGUUCUCUGUGAAGAGCUCGAGGAGGACUUAGUUCACUUCUCAGUGCACGACCUGCCGGCACGAGGCUAUGUCGUCAUGGAGGAGAUCCGACGUCAGGGGAAACUCUGUGACGUUACGCUCAAGGUCGGGGAUCAUAAGUUCAGCGCUCACCGGAUCGUGCUGGCGGCCUCCAUCCCGUACUUUCAUGCCAUGUUCACCAUGGACAUGGUAGAGUGUAAACAGGACGAGAUCCUGAUGCAGGGCAUGGACCCCAGUGCUCUGGAGGCUCUGAUAAACUUUGCGUACAGCGGCCACGUUGCCAUCGACCAGCAGAACGUUCAGUCUCUGCUGAUUGGCUCAAGCUUCCUGCAGCUGCAGAACGUUAAAGACGCCUGCUGCUCCUUCCUGCAGGAGAGAUUACACCCUAAGAACUGUCUGGGAGUGAGACAAUUUGCAGAGACCAUGAUGUGCACGACUCUGUACGACUCGGCCAACAGUUUUCUCCAUCAGCACUUUGUGGAGGUUUCUGUGUCCGAGGAGUUUCUAGGUCUGAGGACGGAGGAGGUUCUGGAGCUGGUCGGCUGUGACGAACUCAACAUUAAAGCAGAGGAACAGGUGUUUGAGGCAGUGCUGGCCUGGGUUCAUCAUGACCAGGACCUGAGGGAAUCGGUGCUGCCGGAGUUGCUGUCAAAGAUCAGACUUCCUCUGUGUCGACCUCAGUUCCUGUCAGACAGAGUCCAGCAGGAGGAACUGGUACGUUGCUGCCAUAAAUGCAGAGAUCUGGUGGAUGAAGCUAAAGAUUUCCACCUGAUGCCAGAACGUCGUCCUCAUCUUCCCGCCUUCAAGACCAGACAGAGGUGCUGUACGUCCAUCACAGGACUCAUCUACGCUGUGGGAGGACUCAACAGCUCAGGUGACUCCUUAAACGUUGUCGAAAUGUUUGAUCCAAUUGGGAACUUCUGGGAGCGCUGUCAGCCAAUGAGAACGGCUCGCAGCAGAGUGGGCGUGGCAGUCGUUAACGGGCUACUGUACGCCAUUGGUGGAUACGACGGCCAAUCACGUCUUAGCACGGUGGAGGUUUACAACCCGGAGACGGACAGUUGGACACGUGUGUCGAGCAUGACUAGCCAGCGCAGCGCCAUGGGAACGGUUGUGAUUGACGGUCAUAUCUACGUGUGCGGUGGCUACGAUGGAAAAUCAUCUCUGAACUCUGUGGAGUGUUAUUCUCCAGAGACCGACAGGUGGACGGUGGUGACGGAGAUGAGUGCGAGUCGGAGUGCUGCUGGUGUGACGGUGUUUGACGGACGCAUCUUUGUCUCUGGCGGCCAUGACGGUUUACAGAUCUUCAACACGGUGGAGUACUACAACCACCACACUAACCGUUGGCACCCAGCGGCGGCCAUGAUGAACAAGCGUUGCCGUCACGGAGCGGCCGCUCUGGGCAGCUUCAUGUACGUGGCGGGGGGGUACGACGGCUCGGGCUUCCUGAGCGGGGCCGAGGUGUUCAGCUCGGCGGGGGGGCAGUGGAGCCCCCUAGUGGCCAUGAACACGCGGCGCAGCAGAGUGUCGCUGGUCUCCACAUCAGGACGUCUGUACGCGGUGGGCGGCUACGACGGGCAGUCCAACCUCAGCUCCGUGGAGAUGUACAACCACGACACCGACCGCUGGACCUUCAUGACCCCCAUGGUGUGUCACGAGGGGGGGGUCGGGGUCGGGUGCAUCCCACUGCAGCCCGCCUAAACCCCUAAGCCCCCCCAAUCGGAGGCCGGGGAUUCUAUUCCUUACUGACGGUUGCAGGCGGGAAGACGACGCCCUCCGCCGGCACUCGCUGAGCUUCAUCGGUACGACGGUCGGGCUCAGACCUGCACACUGAGGCCGGCCCUGUGGGAUUAUGGGUAAAAACGGUAGAGCUAGCCCGUGGACGAUCGCUGCUAGCAUUGUGCUAUAAGAGAGCGUGUGGACUGAUUAAUGUUCAAUAUUGAUUUUAUACAACAGGAAGUCACUUCCUCUUGGAACAGGAUGAGCUCACUGGACUGUUUUAUUGAUCGACUGUAAUCAGAGUGUGAUUGAAAUGGAGCUGCAGACACACGGAGAAGACUCAACAAGUCUGUGUUCACGAGACAAACAUUUAAAUUAAAAACACAAAACUGAACUCUAAGCCGAGUCCAAUCCUUCAGACUGACGUUAGUCUGCUGGUUAUAACUAAGCUAAGCUAAUGUUAGCUUGCUAAUGUCCACCAUGUGUUCAUGCUAACGUUACUUUGGUUGGCUGGUGGUUUAGACGUCGGGGUGAAGAUGCGCGUUAACUUUCUGCUCCUCCUGUCGUUUACAUCACAACCUUUUAUUUUGAAGGGGACCUCAGUCGUUUCCUUUGCUACAUGUUAUAAGCUCAGUCUUUUAUUUUGGAGGAAGUCAAAACAUGUUGCUAAGUCGUUCUCUUUACAGUCAGUUUACAUGUUGUCUCCACGGUCAUGUGUGAGACUCAGGCCCAAUCCCAAUGCCCCCCCUCACAGACUCACGGACUUUGAGGCGAAGUCCGUGAGGGUUUAGUUCUGUCUGUC